AUGGAUCUUGUUGCUCUUCUCGUGGCUGCGGUGAUUUAUGUGUUCUUUUCGGGCGAGCCGCAAACAGGUUCUGACACGCUAUUCUCAAACUCGACAGAGAUUCGGAAUUUUGAAAAAUGGGUUCAUCAGAGGGCUCAUGUCGCGCCAAUCAAGAUUUCUGACUUUUCUGGCAUGGAUCGAGGUCUUGUUGCAGUCGAGGAGAUCAAGCCAAACAGCACACUUAUCGAGUUGGACUUGGAUGACGUCAUAUAUCCAUCGACAGUGUUAAAAUCAGUGCCCGAGUCGGAAAAGAAUCUUUUUCUUGCAAUGAGUGACGAUUUGAUGCUAGCGGCGUUCUUGAUUCAAGAAAGAAUCAAGGGUCGUGCUUCCCGGUGGUAUCCCUGGCUUCAAACACUCCCAAAGCAUCCCACGGUCCCUUCAUCAUUCACCCAAUCCGAAAUCAAGGAAUUCGAAGAUCCGGCGAUCAUUCAGCGACUGAACAUUCAGCGAAGUGACUAUUAUAGCACCUAUUUUGCUUUCACUCGGCACAUGUGCACCUAUUUCCUGCAAGUCGAUGCUCCCUUCCGAGAUCGGCUUUGGGCUUGUAGUUAUUCCGGAUUUGAAUGGGGCUACACAAUGGUCAUCACGCGGACUGUGACCGAGAAUCGGCUAUUGAUUCCCUUGAUGGAUUAUCGCAAUUUCAUUUCCACGGAUUCUCCCUUCGAAGCAGUCGAUCGUUCGCAUGAACGAACCCAUUUCAUAAUAAACGAGCAGAACCAGCUUCGAGUUGUCACCGAUAAGCGUGUGAAACGAGGUCGGCAAGUGUAUUUAGAUUAUGAAGCUUUUCCUUCCCACUACUAUUUGCAGCACUUUGGAUUCGUUCCGAUCAGCAACAUUCACGACUGUUUGUUGAUUCCUCUCCCAUCGCACACACCUUCUCCGCGCUUAUCGAGAGUGUUCAAAGCGCUGGGAUAUCCGACGGACGAUUCCGUGUGUUUGGAUGUGACUCGCUUUCUGAACGACAAAGCGCUUUCUUUCUUUUUGCUGCGAGAGGCCGACGAAGACCAGCUUCAGAAAUGCAUCGAUCUAUACGAAACGCGUGUGAGUUCGAAGCAGAAGGGCCGAUGGGAAGCAAUGGAUGUGUAUGAAUGUGCUACGGGGGAGAGGGGAGACAAAGCGAAGCAAAUAUGGGACGAUGGAAAGGAGGAAUUGAAAAGCAAACUGUUCGACCAUUUGAAGUGGGUGGAAAGUGUGUAUUCUACCAGUAUUGCUGCGGAUAACUGGAAGUUGCACAUGGAAAGAGAUCGGCUGUCCGCUGCGUCCAAGCUUGCCUUGCGAUGGCGUAUUUCGCGCAAGCAUUUGAUUCAAUUGAUGAUGAGCAAUCUGAAAACGGAGCAAUUGAAUCCUCAGUCUGUGCAGUCCUCUUCCUCGCAAUCCUCCCCACAACCUACACUCAAUGAAGUCCCUCCACUACUUCGCUUGAAUGAUUGGGUGAAAGAACACAGCGAGAAUACCAAGAUCAGCAUCGGAAGCACUCCUUGGGGAGGAUUAGGCGUGAUAGCCAAGGAAGCCAUUCAAAAGGGAGAGGAAGUGCUGCGAAUCCACAACGAUACUGUCAUCGGUCUUCACACAGCACUCACUCACCCACGCUUUGGGAAAGCGUUCUCUGCCUUCUAUCACCAGAAUCAACUCUCAGAAUACGCUCUUAUCGCAUUGACUCUUCUCUGGGAGAAAUUCGAUAACGAAAGAUGGUCUUUGUUUGCUCCCUUCUUAGCGAAACUCCCAUCGAUCGAAGAAUUCCAUCAUCCGGUUCUCCUCUCGAAAGACGAUCUUCUCCACUUGUAUGGCAGUGCGCUGCUCGACGAAGUAUCUGCACUCAAUGCGACGUUGCACAGAGAAUUCGAAGCGAGUUGCGCUCUCAUUCAGUCUCACAAGCAUCUUCAAAAGCUUUUCACUUCAUCCUUGGUCACGUAUCCUCGCUUUUUGUGGGCAGAGCUUCUGGUGCGAGGGAAAAGCUUGGUUGUGGAUGGCGAAACACUGCUGAUUCCGCCUCUCGUAUUCGCCCAUAACAGCAUUUUCCAAAAGGCAGGCGAGUUUUUGCGAAUCGAAAAGGAAGAAGAAAAAGAAGGAAAUGUGGUGGUUGUAAGCAGCGAGUCGACGGAAUUCAGCUCGGAUUGGAUGAUCCGACAAGGAUUUCCGAAUUGGUAUAUGCUUCUAUCAAAGGGCGAAUUGCUGCUCGCGAUGAAAGGAGAUUGCGUUCUAUGGAAUCUUGAGUUGAAAGAAGACGAUCCUUUCUUUGAUGAAAAGGCAGAGAGGCUUCACAAAGCAAACCUCCAUUUGUAUGAACGAUUCUGUUUGGUUCCCAACGCGGAAUCGAUUCCCGACAAGUUUUUUGAAAUGCUGCGAAUCUUACGACGCAACGAUUUCCAUUCGAGUGAGAGCGAGCUUGCGGAUGGACGUGAGGUCAGCAGGAGUGAAGAUCGAUGGAGCCUUUUGCUGGACGCUAUAAAGGAAAAGAUGGGGAGUUAUAUCACGCAGGUGGUGAGUGAUCGAACGCGCUCGAGGUACAGUUUGAGAAUCAGAUAG